AUGUUCGGCCUUCCAGCGACCACACCACAAUACCCGUAUCGAGGAGUAGAGCAAUGCUCUUGGGUUCUAGACCAGGAGCUUCUGCGGCUCGAGGGCGAGAGGGGAGGUAACCCCCAUGUGAUCAUUUCCGGGGUGGACGAGCGUUCCUUCCUCGAGGGCUUUGUGAACUCCGGAGAAGAACUCCUCACGAAAUCGUGGGUCACUUACGACUUUCAUCGUUGCAUCGUUCUACUCGAAAUGGAAUCCGAGGUUCAUGCUGCAGCCACUGCUUCUGGCACUACACUUAUUCAAAACUGGGCCCUCGGGAUGACCAGCACCCUCACUCCUAUGACAGCCGCGAAUAUCCGAGGCCGGACGCGAAGCAAAAAAGCGGACGCCAGCUGGAAACCCGCAGAGAUACCAAGUGCGAGGGACACCAAGUGGCCUACGAUGGUGCUGGAAGUCAAGUGGUCGGAACCACGAAGCAAGUUAACGCAGGAUAUGCUCUUUUGGCUGCACGAGUCAAACGGCGAUGUUAAAGUCGCGUUGACCCUCAGCGUCCAUCGUCGAGGCAAAAUCACAAUAGAAAAAUGGGUCUUACGUCAAGGGCAAUCAAGCGGCCCUGAUCCGCACCCCGUCGAAACGGUCGAGAUCUCACGACCAUCCAACCGGCAAGAUCCUCCAAAGAUUACCGGCACACUCACCAUUCCAUUUAAGGAUGUAUUCCUCCGCGUGGAACGAGCAGGAGAAACUGACUUGACCUUGCCGACACCCGUAUUCGAGCAGAUGGCGAGGGAAAUCUGGGCGGUGCUCGAUGAUUGA